AUGGAGCCGCCGCAGGUUCCCGCGGAGGCCCCACAACCUAGGGCUUCCGAAGGCAGCCCGAGGCCGGAGCGGACCGGGCGGGAGGCGGCGGACGCGCAGCCCCAGCAGCUCCCAGAGAAGUCUCAGCCUCCCUCCCUGUCCGGGUCCCCGCGCGUGCCGCCGCUCAGCCUGGGCUACGGCGCCUUCCGCCGCCUGGGCUCGUGCAGCCGCGAGCUGCCGUCGCCGAGCCCCUCGUGGGCCGAGCAGUCCCGGGAUGGCGAGGCGGAGCCGGAGCCCUGGACGGCGUCCGGAGAGCCCGCGACCGGAUCCUGGGCGCCCGUGGAGCUGCAAGUGGACGUGCGCGUGAAGCCCGUGGGCGCGGCUGGGGCUAGUCGCGCGCCCUCGCCUGCGCCGUCCACGCGCUUCCUCACCGUGCCAGUGCCGGAAUCGCCCGCCUUCGCCCGCCGCUCCGCUCCCCCGCUCCAGUGGCUGCCCCGCGCCCCGUCGCCAGGCUCCACGUGGAGCCGUGGAUCGCCGCUUGCCGCGUCCGCGACCGAGCCUGUCGGCCCCGCUGAGGGCUGCACGGUUCCCCCGGGCUCGACCGCCUGCCGCUGCCGCUGCCACUGCCGCGAGCCCGGGCUGACCAAAGAAGACGACGCGCUGCUGCAGCGCGCAGGCAUGGAUGGCAAGAAACUGCCGCGGGCCAUCACGCUCAUAGGGCUGCCCCAGUACAUGAAGUCUCUGCGCUGGGCUCUGGUGGUCAUGGCUGUGUUACUGGCUGUCUGCACUGUAGCCAUUGUGGCCCUGGCCUCUAGAGGCGGAGCCAAGUGCCAGCCAUGCCCUCAGGGCUGGAUGUGGUCUCAGGAACACUGUUACUACCUCUCUGAAGAAGUCCAAGACUGGGAGGGCAGCCAGGCAUUCUGCUCAGCCCACCAUGCCACACUGCCUCUGCUGAGCCACACCCAGGACUUCUUAAGAAAAUACCAGGUCACCAAAGGCUCUUGGGUGGGGGCCCGACGAGGCCCUGAAGGCUGGCACUGGACUGAUGGGGUCCCUUUGUCAUCCCAACUGUCCCCGGAAGACAAUGAGGACCAUCCAGACUUCAGCUGUGGGGGUCUGGAAGAAGGCAGGCUCGUGGCUCUUGACUGCAGCUCCCCCAGACCCUGGGUCUGUGCCAGAGGAACCAAAUGA